AUUAUAGGCUCAAGAUUUUGUGUAAUUUCCUUUUUUUUUCUCUCAAAGAAAGUGAGAUUAAAUUUCUUUUUCGCCACGUGCUUGUUAUAAUAAAAAAAAUGGAUUCAGCAUCAGGAUUACACAGAAUAGAGACAUUAAUAUUAAAUUAUCAAAAGAUAAUUAUGAAAUCUGGAAAGUCUAUAUGGAAGCAUGAUUAAUGAGAAAUAAAAAUUGGAAAUAUGUUCUUGGUAAAUGUUCGAAACCAAAUUUUAUAAAAUGAAGCUUCUUUAAAAAUGUUAAAACUUGGCAAGAAGCUGAUUCCAUCCGAAAGCUGAUUUGUUGUUGGCGAUAAAUCUUUUGAACUCAGUUAUCGUCUCGAACAUGCUAUGGAUACAUACAAAGGACAGAAUGAAAUCGAAAUAUAUUACAUUAUUUGUACAAAACUAAUCAAAGCAAUUGAAGUAUAUAAAUUAGCUGUCAAGUUUUUUAAAUGGGCAAAUGGUAUAUAUAAAAUUCCAUACACUAUAACUAUAUUCUUAUAUGUACUUGAUGUCAGUGUUCAAUUAUAUUAUGUUGUUUAUAUGCUUCAACAACUGGAGAACAUUUAUAAAUUGUGCAUCAAUUUAAUAUUGCUGAUCGGUAAAUUUUGUUUUUUAUUCUUAAUCACUUAUUUAGGACAGAAUAUAGAAAAUCAUAGUAAUGAAGUUUUCGAAAAAUGUUAUGAUAGUUUAUGGUACACUGCACCAGUAGCUACAAGAAAAUUAUUAUUGAUUAUAAUGAUAAAUAUCAUGAAACCAUGUCAAUGCAAAAUGUUUGGAGGAUUAUUUAAAGGCAACAUCGAAGGUUUUGCACAGGUAAUUAAUUCAAGUACUAUUAAAUAUUUUGGAAUAGCAUUAAGGAGAGAUAUGAUAGAAUAGUAUAGACUAGUAUUUCUUAAUCUUUUUUGAGUUAUAAAAAAUAAUACACUGCUAAGAAAAUUUUUAAAAAUUAAUAUCGGAAUAAUAUCAAGAUUUUUAUUUUAUUAAGGAAUCUCAUAUUCUUUAGAAUAAAGAAAUUUAAAUAAUUACGUAUAUAAAAUAAAUAAAUAUUUAAUUAAAAAUAAUUUUCCAAAAAAAUUUUUUUCACGAUCAAUAGAUUAGGAACUGUUGAUGUAAUUGGUAUUUACAACUAUAAAAUCGAUUUAGAGAAUAAGAGAAAAAACAAAAAGAAAUUGAAAAAUGUAAAAAUUUAAAUUCAGAUUUAAAUAUCUGAAGGAUAAUCAAGGAACCUUAAAUAAUCAAUUUUAAAUUCUAAUUAUCU